UAUGACAUCAAUCAAUUCACUCACAAACUUUCUCUACACUUUUUACUCACUUUUCCUUAAUCGAAACAACCUCACUUUUCACUCACUUUCCACUCACUUUCCACUCACUUCCCCUUUUCCAAUCCAAACAAAGCCUGAGUGUCGUAACCAAGUUUACUACGACCCAAGUUGCAAGCAAUGAUGUGACAGCAAUAGCCUCUCUCCUUUGAUGCUCUCGUCACUUGACCAUAACUAAAACAACAAAUUCCACUGCUCAAAUAUUAGGACUUAGGAGUUAAUUAAAGAAAACAAGAAAGCAGGGUAUUAAUUUUAUUAAAGAGUUUAAAGAGGAUGAGCAGCAACUCAGGAAAAGUGGUGUGCGUGACUGGUGCUUCUGGUUAUAUUGCUUCAUGGAUCGUUAAAUUCCUUCUCCAGCGUGGUUACACUGUCAGGGCCACUGUUCGCGACCCAAGUAAUCCCGAAAAGGUUGAUCACCUUCUUAAACUUGAUGGUGCUAAGGAGAGGCUACACCUCUUUAAGGCAGAUCUCCUUCAAGAAGGUUCCUUUGACUCUGUUGUUGAGGGCUGUGAUGGUGUCUUUCAUACUGCUUCCCCCGUUCAUUUCGCUGCCAAGGACCCACAGAGUCAAUUAAUUGAUCCAGCGGUGAAAGGAACUCUUAACGUUUUUAAAUCAUGUGCAAAAUCCACUUCUGUGAAACGAGUUGUCUUAACGUCUUCUGUUGCUGCCGUUUUAUAUAAUGGAAGACCACGAACUCCCGAGGUCGUAGUUGAUGAGACUUGGUUUUCAGAUCCAAAUAUCUUAAGGGGACUUGAGAGGUGGUAUGCAUUUUCAAAGACUGUGGCAGAGGAUGCUGCUAGAAAUUUUUUUAGCGAAUACGACAUUAAGUUGGUUAUUAUUAACCCUGCAAUGUGUGUAGGCCCUCUCUUGCAACCAGAGCUUAACGCAAGUUCUGCUUCAAUUUUAAAUCUAAUCAAUGGUUCACCAACGUUUCCAAAUACUACUUUUGGUUGGAUCAACGUGAAAGAUGUUGCAAAUGCGCAUGUUCAGGCGUAUGAGAUUGCUUCCGCUAGUGGAAGAUAUUGUCUAGCUGAAAGAGUGGCACACUUUUCCGAAAUUGCAAAGAUUUUACGGGACAUGUACCCAACUUUACAAAUUUCAGAUAAGUGCGAAGACGAUGAACCAUUUAUGCCAACAUUUCAGGUUUCCAAAGAAAAGGCAAAGAGCUUGGGAAUUGAAUUUAUUCCCUUGGAAGUAAGCCUAAGGGAGACAGUUGAAAGUUUAAAAGAAAAGAAGUUUGUUGACUUCUAGUUCGUGAUAUACUGAUAUCUCCUUCAAGAAUAAAUAUUGAUAACCAUAAUAAGGAGGAAUUAUUUAUGCGAAAUUAGGCUUGUAUUGUGGAAAUUUUUAUAUUUGAUAUUUGAGGGAGAAAAUGAGACAUUUUAAGUGUGGUGGCUUGAAUUUGAAUAAAGCAAACAGUUGGAUUUAUUUCAAAUUGAUGACUGGUCAUUAAUGGUGAUUUGCUUUCUCAUGUUUAA